AUGACUCAACCCAACGCUUACGUCCUGGCGGCGGACAACCCCCAAGCAGUUCUGUCUCUGCUGCACCAGAACCCUUCCAUCGCUUCAGACCAAGACGAGCACGGUUACUCCUUGCUGCACGCGGCGGCAUCGUACGGACAUAUCGAUCUCUUGCGUGCCCUGGUGAAGGAGUACAAUGUCGACGUGAACCUCCUCGACGAAGACGGCGAAACCUGUCUCUUUGUGACCGAACGAGUCGAUAUCGCAAAAUGCCUGGUCGAGGAACUUGGUGUGGACUACAACAAAGCGAACGAUGAAGGGUUAACGGCGCGCGAAACGAUCGAAACUGAUGGUGUCCCGGAAGUCGCAGCGUACCUCCGGGAGGUCGCUGGGAUUGCUGCUCCGCCGGAACAGCCCGCAGAUGCGCUGAACCCAGCACCCCCAUUGCCGCCGAAUAUCAAUGUGAACUUGGGUACUGUGUCUGAGCAGGAGGCCAGCGCUGGAUUAGAUGAGGUGGAUACGGAGUUCAAGCGGCGGAUUGAUGAACUGGCGUCUCGCGAGGAUUUCCACAGUGAAGCGGCGCAGAGUCAACUACGGCAGUUGGUUAUGGAUGCGAUUAACGGGUCGAAUAUUGAAGCGGAAGGUCGAGGUGUGCGGCAGAGGACAGACUAG